UAUCAACAUACUCCCAUGCUGCUACCCGAGAUCGAGGCCGCCGAGGCCCUCGCGGCGCUGGCUCGCUCCUCCUCCUCCUCCGCCUCUUGUUCUCAACAACCGACGCGCCUAUCGCCCGAGAAGAUGAUGCCGCACCACAUCACCAACAUCUUUGGCAAUCAAGAUGAAUUGUGAUCCUCGUUAUUUUUCAGAAAACCGGUGCACCCCACAUCAAUUUGGCAAAUUACUUUUAGGCCUACUGUUUUGAGUUUAUCUUGAAUUAAUGUUCAGAGUGCAAUGUUUCUCCAGGUUAUCCUGCAUUCUUUCUGGGGCUUGAAAAUGUAUUUAUGUAUAUCAGGAUCAAGCAGUGGCUGCCUCUCAUGAAAAUAACUAUGCAAUGGCUACAAUCUCGCAUAGAGAUGCAACCACAAAACUAGGCAGUAAUCGGUUAAAUUCUGCUACCAAGUUAAGGCGAAAUUUGACACAGGCUGAAAAGGAAGCACAAAGGAUUCGUCGAAUAUUAGCUAAUAGAGAAUCUGCCCGGCAGACAGUUCGUCGCCGGCAGGCUAUGCACACGGAGUUGACAAGGCAAGCAGUUGAUCUGGCGGUGGAAAAUGAAAAUUUGAAGAAGGAAAAGGAGUUGGCUGUUGAGGCGUAUAAUUCUUUGAAAAAUAGAAACAAAUUUCUCAAACUGCAGGCGGAUAAUUCGAAGAAGGCUGAAUCACAAGAGCCAAAGUCAUCCCAGGCUGAGAAACCUAUUACGACCUCAUCACUUCCUUUGUAUAACCAUCCUUCUUUAAUUCCUUUCUCGUGGCCUACAGUUCUAUCUUCAAACUUCGUCCACUAUCAAUAUCCAUCUCAUUCUGAUCCCAUUAGUCUAUCAGAACAUAAGGAUAUAUCAUCCACAAAUCUGGGGCCAGAAACUUCCUCAGUGAGAACUGGACCAGGAAAUUUGUUAAUUGCGAUUCCUCUACCUUGGGUACUUCCGCUCCCUAGUUACGGUCCAGUGCUGUGUUCAUGCUCCGAUACAGAGAAGAAAACGAAUGAAACACAUCCAGCUCAUCAGUGCAGUAAAUCUUCGUCUUCAGACAAUCUGUUUGUGGUUGAAAACAAUGAGUUGUCAUCCAAGUCGGAUAUGCUGAUAAAAGACAGUACAUGUGUUAGAAGUGCAGUUGGAGAUUAUCCUGUGAACAGUGGCGACCAUUGCACAGAGCUUCACUCCGGAGCUACUCUCCUUGCUCCCGAGAAGCUGAGCUGCAUCAGGCCAACAAGAAAUUCAUUGGAAGAUGAAACUGGCGAUCCCAGUGCAAUGGAAAAUGUGUUGGAAACUUAACCGAAGAAGAAUGCAGAGCUAGCUAUCCGGCACCACAAUAAACCGGAGAAUUUGUUUUCAGCACUUAUGGCCGGGAAGAGAGGAAGGAAUUGAUGAUGCUAAGGAGUGUCAAGUUCCAUCAGGCUCGUAUACACAGUGCCAACUCUCGAGUCUUUGCAAUGCAGGGAAGUGGUACUUGGUAAUUUGUUGAAGCUAGUUGUGGACUCUGGUAGCAUCUGUAACAUAAUGUGUUGUAUAUAAGCUGAGCAGUGUCUCGUUCUUGCUGCAGUUGUGUGACUGUAUGACACUUUGAUGUACUGUAUGUUAUUUUGAAGCCCAGUGGAGAAACUGUCUGUAAUGUUACAGUAUCAUUUUCUGAAAACUACUGCAGAGACUACGAAAUAUAAUAUGCUGAUUUAUGUUA